AUGAGUGAGACAGUGAUUCCCCCACAGCCCAAUAUCUCCAUGCAUCCUGUUGGUGAGGUCACAUGGGGGUCCUACCGCUGUCAGUAUCAGAUAUUGGUCGGCAGUCAGAACUACAACUCGACCCAGAGUGACUCCGUCAGACUGUUGGUUACCGUGCCUUUGUGGCUGCUGGUCUCUUCAGCAGCAGGUGGAGGUCUGUUGCUGCUACUGCUGGUCUUGGCCGUGGUCGUUCUGGUUGUCAGGAGAAGAAGACGAGCCAAGGAGCCAGGAAUCAUCAUCCAGUUACGGACAGACCAAGUAGGAGCAGUGGAGGACGGGGACAGUGAUGAUCAUGAUUAUGAGGAAGAGUUCGUCCAAACUCAAUUGAUUGUCAGGAACAGUUAUGAAGAUGAGGAGGAGGUGGAUGAGGACUAUGUGAACGUUGAUCCAAUGGAUACCACGAGGACACGGACAGACCAAGUAGGAGCGGUGGAGGACGAGGACAGUGAUGAUCAUGAUUAUGAGGAAGAGUUCGUCCAAACUCAAUUGGGGGGCAGGAACAGUUAUGAAGAGGAGGAGGAGGAGGAGGAGGAGGAGGAGGACGAGGACGACUAUGUGAACGUUGAGCCAGUGGACACCAUGAGGAAACAGACAAAGCAAGUGGAGGAUGAGGACAUUGCUGAUAAUGAUUAUGUGGAAGAAGAGAUUGCAGACAUUUAUAUAGUUCCUACGGAGGUUUUUGUUGAUGUAGAGGACAACAGAGAGGAACAAGGAGAUGAAGAAUCCAGUGCUGAUGAAGAUGACUAUGUAAAUGUAACCUAG